CGAAGGGAAAACGUGACGCUUCCUUUCUACUGUGUUAGGGUUAGGGUUCCUCUGGUUCGGAUGGCGCAGGCGGAUGGGCGAUCGAGGGGCACGGUUAAGUGGUUCAACAGCACCAAGGGGUUCGGCUUCAUCUCGCCGGACGACGGCGGGGAGGACGUCUUCGUCCACCAGUCGUCCAUCAAGGCAGAGGGCUUUCGUACCCUCGCCGAGGGGGAGGUCGUCGAGUUCUUGAUCACCGAGGGCGAUGACGGCCGCGCCAAGGCCGUCGACGUCACCGGGCCCGACGGAUCCAACGUCCAGGGCGGCGGCGGUGGCGGCCGAAGGGACGGGUAUGGCGGCGGACGCGGCAGCGGCGCGCGCGGCGGGGUGUAUGGUGGAGGAUACGGGUUUAAUGGUGGAGGAUGGGGAGGUGGAUGGAGGGGAAGGGGUGGCGGUGGGUUCGGUGGCGGUGGAGCUUGCUAUAAUUGCGGUGAGUCUGGGCAUAUUGCUAAGGAUUGCUACCAGGGAGGAAGCGGCGGCGGCGGCGGGGGCGGUGGCGGUGGCGGCGGUGUUUGCUUUAGCUGUGGUGAGAUGGGUCAUCUCGCUAGGGAUUGCUACCAGGCUAGCGGAGGCGGGGGCGGGGGCGGAGGAGUCAGGUAUGGCGGGGGUGGCAGUGGUACCGACCGAUCCUGUUUUAAUUGUGGCGAGAUGGGGCACUUCGCCCGGGAAUGCCCUGCCAAGAACUGAGGGUUAAUUGCUUGCAAGUUGUGUUCUUUUCUUUUUUGACCACCUUUUAUUGAUAGUUUUAGAUUAUACGCCGGGCUCGUGUCUUUCCAUCUUUUUCAUCUCUCUACAUGGAUGUGUUUUGUUAUAUUUGCUGUGGUUUAAUUUUGAUGGAUUGUGGCUUA